UGCCUUUUCCUUCGGUGACUACACCCCGAGAGGAGGAGCGUAGUAGGCGUCAGGAUCCUCAAUUUUUCAACUUAGCAUCUUGGCAGGACAUUUUCCCAAGCAAAGCCCCCGUCCGACGGGUAAAAAAAAACUUCUGCGCGGGCAUGAGAGCGACGGUGCAACUCAGAUAAGGGAGCAACAGAAAAACAAAACGAGACAAAACAUCCGACGGGCAGUGGCUGGCUGGCAGCGACCAAAAUAAUCCGUCCAACAUCUAAGCCUCUCUUUAUUUAAUCACUUUUACUUUUUGCCUUCACCAUUGUCAUUUAGAAGGGGGGACAGACAGCGGGUCUGCAGACACACGGCUCUAUGCGCUCCUACAGCAGCGCAUGAGAAAAUAAAGGGAGGAAAGUGCGCAAGUUAAGUGGCUUACACUCUCCGGGCUCCAGCAUGGCGUAUCCUCAGGGCUACUUGUACCAGCCGUCCGCUUCUCUAGCCCUGUAUUCAUGCCCUGCGUACAGCACCAGCGUGAUAUCGGGACCCAGAACCGAGGAACUUGGGAGAUCCUCUUCGGGAUCUGCUUUUGCGCCCUAUGCCGGAUCUACCGCGUUCACCAGCGCCUCGCCAGGCUACAACUCCCACUUACCAUACAGUGCAGACGCGGCAGCAGCUGCCACAUUCACCUCGUACGUGGUGAGUAAACUAAAGAGUUCUCCCUAUGACCACACCACGGGUAUGGCCGGCUCAAUAGGAUACCACCCUUACGCAGCACCCUUGGGCACCUACCCUUAUGGUGACCCAGCAUACCGUAAAAACGCAACUCGGGACGCCACUGCCACCCUGAAGGCCUGGCUCAACGAACACCGCAAAAAUCCCUACCCGACCAAGGGCGAGAAGAUCAUGCUGGCCAUCAUCACCAAAAUGACCCUCACCCAGGUGUCCACCUGGUUCGCCAACGCCAGGAGGAGGCUAAAGAAGGAGAACAAGAUGACCUGGACCCCCCGGAACCGGAGCGAGGACGAGGAGGAGGACGAGAAUAUUGAUUUGGAGAAAAACGACGACGACGAGCCAAACAAGCCCACAGACAAGGGAGACUCCACAGACACAGAAGCAGAUCAUAAACUGCUGAACCCAGGGGACAUAGGCUGUGACAGAUUUAAAGAGGAGAACCAUGGCAAAGACACGGAUCCCCUUCUGAGCGACUCGGAGUUAAAAGACCAGGAGGAGCGGACUACAGAGUUGCUGCCGGAUUCCGCAAAACCAACCACUUCGUCUCCCUCGGCGGUGCCCCGGGGGAACCAGACCGUUGCGCAACAAGACAAGCCGUCAGAUUUGAGCCAUGCACCGGGUACGGUGACCAGCAACGUGACCUCUGUUAUCCACUCGCCCCCUUCGGCCCCUAAACCCAAACUCUGGUCCCUUGCGGAGAUCGCCACGUCCUCAGACAGGUGUAAGGGCAGCGGCGAGGCGCCACAGGCUUGCCCCGGUUUGGGUCAGAGCGCAGUAAUGGGCACCAACGCAUCUCCAUCACGGUCCUCCCCACAGUGCCCGCUCCCCAACAGCACGGUCCUAUCCAGGCCUCUGUACUACACCUCCCCUUUCUACCCCGGCUACACGAACUAUGGUGGCAGUUUUGGACAUCUUCACAGUAACCACGGCUCGGUAACCACGGGCUCCACGGCACAUUUCAAUGGAUUAAACCAGACUGUGUUAAAUAGAGCAGAGGCUUUGGUAAGGGAGAGCCAGAAAGUCAGAGGCCAAACGCAGGUAGAUCUUUGUAAAGACUCCCCUUAUGAACUAAAGAAAGGUAUGUCAAACAUUUAAUACCUGAUUAUUUUCCACUCACCGCGGACUUUUAUUUAUUUUUUGUGGUUGCAUUAAAAAAAAAAGAGAAAAAAAAAGAACAAUGAUGAAGCAAAUUCUGAGAACAGUUAUUUUCUGAGUAAAUGCUUAUCUUCAAAUUUUUAGUUUCUGAAUGGUUAAUUCUAAAAUGUAACAAGAAUGGUCUUAAUCGCUGCAGCCGCCUGAGUCUAUUUGUAUUAAAGACUAACAUGUAUAUUUAAUGUAGCAUUUUUGUAUUUAAAAUGGACAACACACUAUCUUUGAAGUAAAUUAUGGAAAAAAAUAUAUACUUGUGCAGCGGUUAUUUUUGGGGAGCAGUUGGCAAUGCCUGUGUCUAAAGUGCUUCAAGGCCAAUUAAUCUAUACGAAAUAUUAAUUCAAUUUUGCACCGUGACAGAUGUUUCAAUGGUAAUUACCAUUUCAAAAUAUUAUGGUGGCGAGGGCUCUGACAAAGUAGAAAGAAAAAAGGCCUACAUUCAGGAAAAGGAUGUUGGAAUAUCUAAACAAUAAAAGGGUUCAGUUUCGUUUUUGGUUGGUGCAAAUAUUCAUAGGGUUUUUUUGUGAAUGAAAAAUGUUAGAAACAACACGGAAGUAC